GAAUUAGAAGAGAAAGUUGACGAUGUAAGGAUGGAAUUAAAUAACGUAAGGAUGGAAUUGGAUGAGAAAUUGGAGGUCAAAAUUAGAGAAAUAAAUAGUAAACUGACAGCUGUAAAUCUACCCAUGAUGCUGGCGGAACCAGGAACAAUGCCGGAGGGGAGCCGAGUUCGAAUGAAACCACCUCAGUUCGAUGGAAAAACUUCUUGGACCAACUACAUCCGUCAGUUUGAGGCAGCAGCAAAAGCAAAUGGCUGGCUACCAGAAGAAAAAGCUACAGCAUUGACUCUGGCUUUACGCGGAGAUGCAACGGACAUCUUGCAGACACUCUCUCCCAACGAACAAGAAGAUUACGAAGCGUUGGUAAAACAUCUGGAACUUCGAUAUGGCCAGACACAUCUGGAACAUGUGUACCAUUCCCAACUAAAGAAUCGCUGCCAGAAAUCUAACGAGACUUUGCAAGAAUUUGAAGCUGAUAUUGCACGCUUGGUUCGGCUAGCAUAUCCAGCUACUCCAACGACCGUUAUGGAACGAUUAGCGGUUCAAGCCUUUUUGGAUGGACUUCGGGACAAUGAAACACGACAGGCUCUAAUACUGGCUCGCCCGAGCCAACUGGUUGAUGCAUUGGCUCGAGCUUUGGAAUUCGAGGCGGCAAAGCAGAGCUGCAGGAGCCAGUCUAGAAUAAGGAGAGUCGAAGAAGAAAAGAAGGAAGAACCCAGGAUAAUUGAAGCAAUAAGGCGAGUUCUUAAGGAGAAUUUACCAGAGAAGAAGGAAAUCCGGUGUUGGAGAUGUGGAAAGCUGGGACAUAUCCAAAGUCGUUGCAGAGGAAGUCAGGUGGCGCCGACUUCAUUUAGAAAAAUAAAUAGGGCCGAAGAAAAGGAUGUGUAUAUUCGCAGGACUACAAUCGUAGAUGAUCAUUGGCAAUCCGCUGAGGUUCAACAAGACCAGGAAAGGGACCCGGAUUUGAAGCUCAUCAUCGAUUGGAAGAAGAACGACCGUAAACCAACGUGGCAGGAAGUCGCCCAAUAUUCGCCGAAUGUGAAAUCGUACUGGGCCC